UCUAAGUGGUCGUAGACCAAAAGAAAAUCCAAUUUUUCUCUGUUGAUUAAAUCUACUCGAAAUUGUAUAUAAUCAGUCUCUGGAAUAUUGCAUAAUUGUUUUGUCAUCGUCUCAAUUUUACGUAUGAUUCAGUUCCAAGUCCACGAGGUUAAAAUAAUAAUGUUUUUCGUGAUAAAUUUCCCUCAUUCGAAAAUUUUCUCUGGGAGCGAUAGACAUUGUGACCUUUCGGAGUGCAUCGUAUGGUCUUUCUUCUGGACGUCUCGUCAUCGAUAUUUUUUUUUGCUAGGAGAUAUACUGGCGCUCACCCGUUUUUUGUGCCUUAUCACAACCUUAUCAUUGUCAGUGGGGCUCAGAGAGUUACCGAUAAAUCUCUCUCAUUCAGUUCUCGUGCAACACUCAGCGAUAUUGUGCCACUUCUGUAGGGAAACCUAAGUAGAGUUUUUCGUGAUGUUAGUGUAAAUUUUCUUUAUUGUUCAGCAUUUUCCGGAGUGUUUUCUCGUGUGUGGAGCACGUGGUGUUAAAAUGCAAUUCGAUCAAAUUGAUGAGUCCAACUAUAAACUUGUGGAAGUUGUGUCAAAGUGGGAUAUUUUAGUUUGCUACAUAAGUGGAAUUUUUCUUGGUAUCUGGGUGACCAUUAAAUGGUUAAUUCACUAUCUCUGGACCCUCGUGAAUCCCAGAUCAUCGGGAAGAUCACCGAAGAAUUGGUGUGUUCCUGAGAAACCACCCUCAUAUCUCGUGGACAGUAAUUUUGGGCGGCAUUCAUACGUGAAGCUAAAUAGAACAAAAUUUCAUUAUGUUGAGGCUGGAAAUGUAACAGAUCCUGUAAUCGUGCUACUUCAUGGAUUCCCAGAUUGUUGGAUUGGAUGGCGAGAUCAGAUAAAGGAACUUUCCCGCUUCUUUCGAGUCAUAGCGCUGGAUCUGAAAGGUUUCAAUGACUCGGACAAGCCAAUUUGGCGCCGGGAAUAUCGGAUUGAGAAAGUGUGCCGAGAACUUGUGGACUUUAUUCACAGCUUGAAUGUGAACUCUGUGACACUGAUGGGGCAUGAUUUGGGCGGAAUUCUGGGAUGGAUUCUGGCUCAUACAAAUCCUCGGGUGAUAAAUCGUCUUAUCUGUGUGUCAGCACCUCAUCCAAACCUUAUUUGGUCCAAUUUGGACAGUUCCAAGGUACCUAUCAACAGUGCAUGGCUCAAGUUCAUCCAAUUGCCCUAUCUUCCUGAAGUGGAACACGUGAGACCCGAUUCGAAUUUUCUGGAGAAGAAUUUCACUCACGUGGACAAUUCCCGCCCAAAAUCCAAAUACAACAAUCUUCAACCAAUCAAUGGAUCUGCUAACGAUAAGGGGCAUAUUCUUGAUGCUUAUCGAUACAUUUUCAGUCGAAACGAGGACUGGAAUGGGCCCCUGAAUUACUUCAGAAACCUUCCUUUCUAUCGGAUCAGAGAGGGCUCUUUCAUUUCAUGUCCUUGUCUCAUUGUUACAGGAAACUCAGAUCCUCUGUUUCGGCUGGAAUCCUUGAUCAAAAGCACUGAUUACUGUGAGAAUUUCGUGGUUAAAAUCAUCGAAGGUGCAGCCCAUUGGCCUCACCAAGAGACACCACUUGAGUUUAAUAGGAUCAUCCUCAAAUUUCUCGUUGGAUCUCGAGCCAGUCAGACUCUUGAAAAGACGGAGAAGGUGAACAACAAGGGCUUGGUGGGAUUUAUGCUGGGUGCAGUGUCCAAUAGUGUCAACAAAAUUCACAAUUCUGUCCAUUUGAGAGCAACUGAAGCUUUCUAAUUUCUUUUUGCUGUCCUUUAUCUCUUUUUCAAUGUCCGUCGGGAAAUUUAUGGGAAAUAACGUUUUGUUUUUCCAAUCUUUGCAUUAUGAUAUUAGCUGAGUAAUCAUGAUAUUCUCUACCAUUUUUUUUAAUAAUAAAUAUAUUUUUAAAUAAAA